AUGCUACAUUUUAGCAUUGCUGCCGAUACGCAUUGUUUUGCAGACGAUUUUCUCUUUGGAUCGGCUACUGCUUCAUACCAAGUCGAAGGUGCCGUAAACGAAGGUGGACGUACGCCAAGCAUCUGGGAUCAAUUCUGUCGUGAACGACCAGGAGUCAAAUGUGCAAAUGUGGCUGACGACUUCUACCAUCGUUACAAGGACGACAUUCAGCUGAUGGCUAAAAUGGGAAUGCAAAGUUUUCGAUUCUCCAUCUCCUGGUCCCGAGCUAUGAAUUGGGACACUGCAAUGCAUGGCAUGCGUCCAAAUCCAGAGGGUAUUGCGUUCUACCACUCGUUAAUUGAUGAGCUCAAUCUGAAUAAUAUCGAGCCAAUUCUGACGCUGUAUCAUUGGGAUUUGCCGCUGGAGUUACACACGAAGUUGUCGCCUCAAGGAUGGCUGAACUCGAAUAUUGUCCAGCAUUUUGCAGAGUAUGCGACGCUCAUGUUUCACGAGUAUGGCAGCAAGGUGAAGUUUUGGACAACAUUCAACGAACCGCUGUCAUUUACGACAGGUGGCUACGCUACUGGUAGCGGGGCUCCAGGUUUCACUGGUUCACCAACUCAAGUCUACGAGGCGACGCACAAUGUGCUGCUCUCUCAUGCGAUAGCAGUUCAGCAAUUUCGAAAGUUGAAGAGUACUCGUGUCAUUAACGACAAGGCUCGGAUUACCAUUGUACUAAAUGCUGACUAUGCGUAUCCAUUGGACGCGUCGAACCCUGCUGAUGUGAGAGCUGCCUCACGUAAGAUGCAGUUUGACGUCGGCUGGUUCCUCUCUCCAAUUGUUAAUGGAGACUACCCGUUGAUCAUGCGCCAAGUUGUAGGCGAUCGCCUCCCUCGCUUCUCGUCUGAACAGACAGAGCUGUUGAAGGGCUCGUACGACCUAUUCAUGCUCAAUCACUAUUCGACUCGAGCUGCUACGUAUUGUGACUCUAGUACGUCAAGAACUAGCUGCCACAGUUUAGCAGUUGGUUGGGAACGUGAUCGUGGUGUCGACAUCUCUCAAACAGUCCCAGGUACCAGAGAGCGAAGCAAAAAGGCAAAACAAGAUUCGCACUGCGCUUCAUUUACUGCUUACCCACCAGGAUAUCUCGCAACUAUCCAGUGGCUGCACAAGCACGACACAGCUGCUGACAUUCUGCUUACCGAGAACGGUUGGUGUGGAGACGACGAGAUCGAUAGCCCAGACCAGCUGUGGUACUUCACUGCCUAUCUACACCAAGUGCACAAGGCCAUCACUGAAGAACAUAUCCCAGUCAUUGGUUACACGGCGUGGUCGUUCCUGGAUAACUACGAGUGGGGCUCGUACGAGUCACGUUUCGGCUUGUACUAUGUCAACUAUACGUCCGAGUCUGGGUCUCCCGACUUCUACAAGCCAAAGCCGUCUGACCUCGCUCGUAUUCCUCGUCCGUCAGCUGAGUGGUUCAAGAAGGUGGCAACAACAAAGUGUCUGAGCGUGGAUGAAGCUUCGACGACGACUACAUCGACGCCCAAAAAUGAUGGACGCAGUCACCACGUGUGGCAUUGGCUCUUUGCCAUCGUUGCGAUAGCGGCCGUUGGAUUUGUUGCAGUCGUUGUGCUCAUGUUUUUCGCUGGUCGCCGCCUCUGGCGUCACUUCCGUGGCCACGAGGAUGGUGUAACAGGUGAAAGAACCCCGUUGCUUUAA